AUGGGGAAUCAAUUAGUUGGAAUAGCACCAUCUCAAAUAUUUCCAGUUGAGCAUUACCUCACGGAUCAUUCCAAUUUAAAAUUUGAUGUCAACCUAGGCUCAACGAGAUUUUUCAAAGUCGCCCGUGCGAAAUCACAAGAAGGAUUGGUAGUUGUUAAAGUUUUUGUUAUUCAUGAUCCAUCAUUACCCUUAACAACAUAUAGAAAUGGAAUAGAAGACAUUAGGACCAAAUUAGCAUCUGCUGUUAAUUGUUUACCAUUUCAAAAAACAAUAUUGCAAGAUAGGGCUGGUUUUAUUAUUAGGGAAUAUGUCAAAAGUAGUUUAUAUGAUAAAAUUUCAACUAGGCCUUUUCUAACAAAUAUUCAAAAAAAAUUUAUGGCUUUUCAAAUUUUGUAUGCUUUGCAUCAAUGUCACAAGGUAGGAGUUUGUCAUGGAGACAUUAAAUUAGAAAACUUAAUGGUCACUUCUUGGAAUUGGAUAUUAUUGACUGAUUUUGCUAGCUAUAAACCAAGUUAUUUACCAGAAGAUAAUCCAGCUGAUUAUUCAUAUUUUUUUGACACAUCACGAAGGAGAACUUGUUACAUAGCUCCUGAAAGAUUUAAUAAUAAAUUAAGUAAAGGAAGUACAUUAUUCGAUGAAGGAUUAGUCAAAGGGGAAUUAACACCUGCCAUGGACAUUUUUUCAGCUGGAUGUGCUUUGAUAGAACUUUAUAACGAGGGUCAGCCACCUUUUACAUUAUCUCAGUUAUUAUCAUACAGAAUUAAUGAAUAUGAUCCAAAGAGACAUUUGGAAAAAAUUGAAGACAUAGGAAUUAGAAAUUUAUUAGCGCAUAUGAUUCAAAAAGAUCCAUCUGCGAGAAGUUCAGCCGAGAUUUAUUUGGAUCAAGCGAGGGGAACUGUUUUCCCCGAAUAUUUUUAUUCAUUUCUUCAAGGCUACAUGCUUAUGUUUUCUGCUGCUCAACCGAUUAUGUCUCCGGAUGAAAAAAUAGCUAGACUUAAAUCUGAUAUAAAUAAUGUGAUUGAAAUGCUUACUAAAGAGAAAGAACCGAAUAAUGAAAAUUCUUUGAAAGAAGGUUCAGAUGGUUUAGUUAUAAUUACAACAUUGGUAACAUCUUGCAUAAGAGCAUUACAUCAUUCCAAUUCGAAAUUACAAGCUUUGGAAGUUUUACUAGAGCUUGCCUCACAUUCUAGUACAGAAAAUAUUCUGGAUAGGAUAGUUCCUUACAUUUUUCAUUUAAUGCAAGAUCCCGUUCCGCGUGUAAGAAUAUUAUCAAUACACACACUAACCAAAGUUUUAGCCUUAGUUAAAAAUGUACCUUGCAGUGAUGCUAAUAUUUUUCCGGAAUACGUUCUUCCCGGUUUAGCUCCGUUAACGAACGAUCCGGUUAUACUAGUGAGAUCAGCUUACGCUCAAAACAUAGCAGACCUUGCCCAAAUCGCUCUCAGUUAUAUUGAAAACUCACGAGACUGUCAAUCGUCAAAACCCUCGGACACGCCUAAAUUAAGUUACGAAACUGAAUUAAGGAUAUUGCGGGAUAUGAUACAACAAACGGUUUCCUCAUUGCUUGCAGAUUCGGAAAAUAUUGUUAAAAUUACAUUAGCCGAAUAUGGAAUCACUAGAUUAUGCGUGUUUUUCGGAAAGCAAAAAGCCAACGACGUACUCUUAUCUCAUUUAAUAACAUUUUUAAAUGACAAAAAUGAUAAACAGUUGAGGGGUUCAUUUUUCGAUUGUCUCGUCGGUGUUGUUUCUUACGUUGGCGUUUACAGUUCGGCCAUAAUAACUCCAUUGCUUCAACAGGGUCUUUCAGAUCCCGAGGAAUUCAUUAUAGUCAAAUCAAUAAAUGCAAUGAAAGAGCUCACCAAAUUAAAUCUUUUGUGUAAAGCUUCUGUCUAUCAAUUGUUACAAGAUACGGCUUGCUUUCUAGUUCAUCCAAAUUUGUGGAUUCGACAUGCAGUCGCUGGUUUUAUAGUUUCUAUUGCUGUUGCUCUCGACACCGUAGAUGUUCAAUGUAAAGUAGUCAAUCAUUUAAGUAAUUAUUUUAAAUCUCCCGUCAUUCAAGUUAACAAAGAGUAUUUAAUACUGAAUGCACUGUUGGAUCCAGUACCGAGAGAAGUUUUCGACACCGUACUUAAGUGCCAAGACAUCGAAAUAUUAUUACAUACAUUACAAGAGAGACAAAAGGCUAGAAAUUUAGUUAAAGCCGGUCACGUACCGCAAUACAUAUCUAUUCCAUCUAUUUUCCGACGUUUGAUUUCGGAAGGAAUGAACGAUCUCGUUGAAGACCAAUUGAUUAGCAUGGGAAAACAUUUGUUGAAAAUGCACAAACACAAAAUGUUUUUCAACGAUGAUAAACAAAUCAAUCUUUCGGAAACGAAUGGAAAACUCGAUUUGAGCCUUUUAAAUGUUACUAUAAAUUCACAUUGUGUCAAUCUCAAAACUGAUGUUCAAAAAGAAUUUCAAGAUGCAAAUAAGAAAAGGAUGGAUAAAUGUAAUCGUUUGUCACCGGAACUUCAUUCAAAUAUCGGUAUGAAUUCUGAAUGGCAACACAUGUUUGGUACUGGAGACAUGGCUGCCACACAAAUUUCAAAAACGACGAUAACGUCGAGUAAUUUAGAAGUUCCAUCAUCUCCUCUUUAUUCUUUAAUUUCGGACACGGAUCAAAGUCUUCACGAAAAAUCAUACAUUCAAUAUAGAUGUGCUCCUUGUAAAUCCGAAUUGAGAAAAUUAAUUAGUAGAAAACAAGAAAUGUAUUUCAAGACUUCCAGGGCACGAGAAUUAGCCGAACAAACUGCUUGGGGACCACACAUUCCACCACCGGGUUGGAGGUUAAAGGGCACUUUGGUCGCUCAUUUACACGAGCAUAGAAGUUCUGUUAAUAAAUUGGUUCCUCUUCCUGGCAAAGGGAAAUUUGUCAGUUGUUCGAACGAUGGUUGCAUACGAUUAUGGGAUUGCAUUAAAAUGGAAGGGAAAAAUAUUGCCAACAGGUCUAAACUUUUAUACAAUCGACAAACCGGUGCCCUCAUGGGUUUGACCCUCUGCGAAAAUCACGAAUCUUUGGCUUCGGCAUCUGCCAAUGGAUCCGUAUUCGUCAUGCGUGUUGAAACGAGUUCGAAUAAAGUAUCUCUUUUACAUUCUAGACAAUUGGACAUACAGGAAGAUGGUUGCGCGGUAGACAUUAACUACUUGGACUCAGGAUCGCAAUCUGUUCUCGUGUAUGCCACAAUGUACGGAUCACUCGUGGGAUGGGAUCUCCGAAAACCGGGCACAGCCUGGAAGCUUGACAACGACCUCAAACAUGGCGUUAUAACAUCAUUUUGUCUUGAUUCUCAACAGUGUUGGGCUGCGGUCGCAACAUCGAGCGGAUAUCACACGGCUUGGGACCUUCGCUUUCAAUUAGCUGUAGCCAAUUGUGUUCAUCCAGCAGGUCGCGUUAGAAAAGUCGUUCGUCAUCCAACGGAAAAAUCAUGGAUUUUAUCCGCGGUGCAAGGAAACAAUGAAAUAUCCAUGUGGAACAUGGAAACACAAACGAGGCAGGGAGUACUUUGGGGAACCACGACUCCACCUCUGUCAAAAAGUUCGGUUAACGGACACAGCGUGUGCGCAAUGUACGCAGGAGAAAUGGACAGGUCUCCGUUUGUUUUUACCGGUGGAACGGACAUGAGAUUGAGAUAUUGGGAUUUAUCAAAUUCAACAAAUUCAUAUCUUGCUGUGCCUUCUGCUUUGGACGUCGUCAAUUCUUCCUCAUUCAGUUACGAGUAA